AUGAGUAAAGAACCAAGAAAAAGACAACGAUCUUCGCUUGCAUGCGAGGAAUGUAGGGUUAAAAAAGCAAGAUGUUCUGGCCACCUCGGGCCAACCCCAUGCAUUCGAUGUCAGAAGCGUAACAUUGAAUGUCGCUUCGACGAAAAGGUCCCAAGAAGAGGGCCUGAUCCAAAAAAACGAAAAACACUUAAUAUACAGCAGGAUGGGGGAGAUAAUAUCUCGCCAUCCAAUUCGGAUCGUAAAUUUUAUGAAAAUGAAUCACCGUUGUACUCAUCAUGCGGUCAAAUAAUGACAUCUUCUUAUCACCCGAAUUCUUGGUAA